CGGUCUCCAGGGUUCCUGGACUUCCCGCUCUCUGUGCUGGGCAGGGAAGGAAAGUGAGCCCUGGGGGUGGAGGGCAGAGGUGGGGUCAAAGUUACUUCCCUGCCACCACCGCUGUCUGUCCUGGAAGCCGCAGUUACUGCAGUGUGUGUGAGUUUGUAGCAGGGUGGGAGAGGAGAGAAGGGAGGUGGAGGGGCUGCAGCUGGAGUGAGGACUGUAUCUGUGUGUGCAAGCUGGGGUGACAGACGGCCUGGCACACUGAAGUCAGGUGCCAGGACCCAUGGGGCCUGCUGACUUAUGGGGACACCACUGGAUGGGAAUCCUGCUCUCAGCCUCGCUUUGGACCAUAUGGAGUCCUCCAGCUGCAGCCCAGCUCACCCUCAAUGCCAACCCACUUGACGCCACCCAAAGUGAGGACGUUGUUCUGCCUGUGUUUGGGACCCCCAGGACACCCCAGAUUCAUGGCAUAUCCAGAGAGCUGGCCAAGCCCUCCAUUGCAGUCAGCCCAGGCACUGCCAUAGAGCAGAAGGACAUGGUGACCUUCUACUGCAACACCAAGGACGUCAACAUUACCAUCCACUGGGUUUCCAACAACCUCUCCGUCGUGUUCCAUGAGCGCAUGCAGCUGUCCAAGGAUGGCAAGAUCCUCACCAUCCUCAUUGUCCAGCGGGAGGACUCGGGGACUUACCAAUGUGAAGCCCGAAAUGCCCUUCUGAGCCAGAGCAGUGACCCCAUCUUCCUGGACGUGAACUAUGGUCCUGAUCCUGUUGAAAUCAAACUGGAGUCUGGUGUUGCCAGUGGGGAGGUGGUUGAGGUGAUGGAGGGCUCCAAUGUGACCUUCUUGGCGGAAACAAAAUCUCACCCACCCUCUGCCUAUACCUGGUUUCUCCUUGACUCCAUUCUGUCUCACACCACGAGGACAUUCACCAUCCAUGCUGUGUCCAGAGAACAUGAGGGCCUGUACAGGUGCUUGGUGUCCAACAGUGCCACCCACCUGUCCCGCCUGGGUACUCUGAAGGUCCAAGUCCUUGAAACACUGACCACGCCUCAAGUCGUGCCUUCAAGCCUGAACCUUGUGGAGAAUGCUAGGUCCGUGGAUCUGACCUGCCAAACCAUCAAUCAGAGUGUGAAUGUCCAGUGGUUCCUGAGUGGCCAGCCCCUCCUGCCCAGUGAGCACCUGCAGCUGUCAGCUGACAACAGGACCCUAAUCAUCCACGGCCUCCAGCGGAAUGACACGGGGCCCUAUGCCUGUGAGGUCUGGAACUGGGGCAGCCGGGCCCGGAGUGAGCCCCUUGAGCUGACCAUCAACUAUGGUCCUGACCAAGUGAACAUCACCAGGGAGUUAGCAUCUGAGAUGAUCAGCACCAUCGAGGCAGAGCUCAACUCCAGCCUGACCCUGCAGUGCUGGGCCGAGUCCAAGCCAGGCGCUGAGUAUCGCUGGACUCUUGAACAUUCCACCGCAGAGCACCUGGGUGAGCAGCUGAUCAUCAGGGCUCUGACCUGGGAACAUGACGGGAUCUACAACUGCACAGCCUCCAACUCUCUCACCGGCCUGGCCCGCUCCGCUUCAGUCCUGGUCAAGGUGGUGGGUCCCCAGUCCUCCUCCCUGUCCUCAAGGGCCAUCGCUGGUAUUGUCAUCGGGAUCCUGGCUGUCAUUGCUGUGGCCUCAGAACUGGGCUAUUUUCUCUACAUCAGAAAUGCCAGACGGCCCUCAAGGAAAACAACAGAGGACCCCAGUCAUGAGACCUCACAACCCACCCCGGAGGAGGAGCACCCCACAGAGCCCAGUUCAGAAAGCCUGAGUCCUGAGUAUUGCAAUAUAUCCCAGCUUCAGGGACGGAUCAGAGUGGAAAUGAUGCGACCACCAGACCUUCCAGAGGAGACCUAUGAGACAAAGCUGCCUUCAGCAAGCCCUGGAGGCAAUUCUUUCAGCCCCUGGAAGCCACCACCCAAACCUCUGAUGCCCCCACUCAAAUUGCUCUCCACUGUGCCAAAAAACAUGGAGUCAAUCUAUGAGGUGUUGGGCAUGCAGCAGUGACCAACAUCGAUCGAUACAAAUGCUUUUCCUUGUGGAAUUGACAUUGUAGUGGUGAAGGCAGACAGUAGACCAAAUAAAUACUUAAAAU